CGACGGACGCUCUCUCUCCCGCACGAGAACGAGAGACGCCCGGCGCUAGGGUUCCCUCCGCCGUCGCGCCCUAUCCCUCCGCUCCCGGCAACCAUCGCUACACUCUCCCAUCCCCUUGCAGUCGCCGUCGUAGUCCCCCACCAUUGGUCACGGCGCAGACAGCUUCUGUCGCGCGGCGAGGUGGAGCAGGGUCAACGCGGCGGCUCGAGCGGCUAGGGGCGGCAUGGCUGAUCGAUGUAGAGCGGUGGGGGCGGCUGGAUCGACGGUGGCGGCUGGAGCUUGCAGAACGGCGCCACUGGAGGUCAACGCGGCGGCUCGAUCGACUGGGGGCGGCGCGGCUGCUCGAUGUAGAGCGGCAGGGGCGUCGCGGCUGCUCGAUGAAGAGCGGCAGGGGCGGCUGGAGCUUGCAGAACGGCGGCGGCGGAGGCUGGAGCUUGUAGAUCGGCGGGCCAACCUGAGCAACAGCUCCAAGGAGCACGCCACUAGGUGCCCGGUCUGGCUGGGGGACCUCAUCGACGCCAAGAAGUUGGGAGGCAGUGCUGCUGGCAGUGAUAUGCUGCACCUCCCUGUCGCCGGCGUGGCUACUGCAGGCAGGAAGAAAGAGAGAAACAUGAUGAAAAUUGUAUUGCCGGUUUUAGCAGGCGUGCUGGUGCUCACAUGCUUAUCCAUUGUGAUAUGGGUUUGCAGGUCCAAAGACACAGUGUACUACGCUCAUGUAUAUGUGAUAUAAACCAAUUCUGCAUUAUGCUGCUCAGUGCUCGCAAAUACUGCAAAAUUACUAGGCCUAGGAGAUUUGAGCACUUGUGAAGGUUUUGGGACACGAAGCCCCAUUGAAGGUUUUGAAUUUUCAAAGCUUCAAAGAUGUUGCAGCUGUGACAAACAAUUUUCACCCAUCACAUAUGAUCGGACAAGGUGGUUUUGGCAACAUCCAAUGUCGCCGCCGUGGAGUUCACUGGAAGAAGAACAUCGGUCGAGCAUUCCAAUGUCGCCUCCGCCGAGUUCGCCACCGAGCCAUCCAAUGUCGCCUCUGCUGAGUUCGCCGGAGGAAGAACAUCCGCCGUCCGAACGUGCUGCACCAGAAGUAUGUAUCAGCUUUUCCCAAAUUAGUCCAACGUUGUGGUAUGCAUCCGCUUUUCCCAAAUUAGGCCAACGUUGUUGGAUAUUGCUUCAAUCAAAAACAAUCUGUGAAACCUGGGGGUGUACUAAUGUUUCCUGUAUUUUUUAUCUUUAAUCUGAGCAUCCAAUCUAUGUAAGCCGGGUGUUGCCUGUACAUUAUAUUACUCCAUUGUUUGCCAGUCCCUGUUUGAUUC